UUUUUUUCCGAUACACCCUGUUUAGGUUGGGAGGUGUUAAAUUUCCGGGGCGUACUUGAACGCGUCAGGAGAUGGGCACACAAGCUAGUGGCUACAGCAGCUCUCUGCGGCUUAAAUCUGAUACCCGAAGAUUAAACGAACGAUUUCCAUCGCUGAAAGAUGGAGGAGAUUGAACGCGGCGACAAGGGCCGGGUGACGGUGUACUCCAUCCAAGGCUGCCCACACUGCCUGCAGGCCAAGGCCACGCUGGCUGGCUUGGGGCUUCCCUUAUGUGACGUGGACGUGGGCAAACACCCGGAGCUCCGUGCCAAGGUGAAGGAGCUGACGGGACGGAGCACGGUCCCUCAGAUCUUCUUCAACAACGUCCACGUGGGAGGCAACUCCGAGCUGCAGAAUUUGGCUCCAGAGGAGCUCCAGAAACUGGUUACUAUGGUGAAGGAGGAACCUCUCCCCGCUGACGCUCCACCACUACCGGAGAAGAACCAGUCGGAGAACGCGGCUUGGGACAGUGAUCAUGAGUUUGAGUGUGAGAAAGAUGCUUUGGCAGACCUGGUCGGCGAUCUGAAAGAUAGCGAUGUGAUCGGCACUCACAGAAGAGGCUUGACUUUUUACAAGAAGAGCUUCUCCCGUGACCAGCUGCUCACCUGGCUGCACAAAAACAAGGCCAUGGACAAGGCGGCGGCCGCGGACGUGGGCCAGAAAUUGUUGGUGAACAAGUACAUGGUUGUUGUGCGAGACUGUGGGCAGACGGACGCUGCUUUUGAGGCGAGCAGCGCAGACACGCUUUACAGGCUGCUGGAGGACGAUCCUAGUUCAGCCCUCAACGCGGGACAGACCGCCAGCUGCAGUCCCAUAGCGGCGGCGGAACUCUCCCUGCUUUUACGUGAUCUGAUUCUCAAGUUGUUCUCAGAUCAUCUGUCUGCUGAUGGAAAGUCCGUGGACUACAAAGGCAUGUCGGCGAGUCCUGCCUUCGAGCGCUACUGUGAGCUGGCCAUCCAGCUGCAGAGAGUGGAGCUGCUCUCGCUGUCCCGGGAGGAGAAGCUGGCCUUCUUCAUCAACGUCUACAACGCUCUGGUCAUCCACGGAUACCUGCGCCUGGGGGCCCCCACCAACAUGUGGCAGAGAUACAGGUUCUUCAACUACGUCAGCUACCUGAUCGGAGGAGAAGUCUUCACCCUGCAGGACAUCGAGAACGGCGUCCUCAGAGGGAACAGGAAGGGCGUGGCGCAGCUCCGAAGGCCCUUCUCGAAAACCGACCCCCGGCUGCAGGUGGCACUGCCAGACGCUGAGCCACUAAUCCACUUUGCUCUGAACUGCGGCGCGAAAGGUUGCCCUCCCAUUAAGACCUACACCCCUCAGGACAUCGACAGCGAGCUCCGAACGGCAGCCGAAGCUUUCUUGGAGAAUGACGACGCCUGCAUGGUGGAUUCUGGGAAGAAGGAAGUCCACCUGAGUCAGAUCUUCAAGUGGUACAAGGCCGACUUUGGAGGCACCGACGAGAAGCUGCUGAAGUGGGUGUUGGCCCACAUGAGCGACUCCCCCAAGAAGACCAGCUUGCAGGGGGUCAUCUCUGCCGGCAAGACCAAGGUCAGCUUCCUGCCGUACGACUGGAGCUCCAACAGCAGCCACUGAGCGUGGAGCUCCUCUCUCUCCCAGCUCUUCUUCAGCUCUACUUUCUCCUGCAGCCCAUCAAACGUCUUUUUGCAACUCAGGAGUCUUCCUAAAUGCAACAUGUCCAUGAUGCACCUUUUCGUCCCGAGUCCUCGAGGUGUGUAGACUUCCAAAGCUUUGUCCCACCAGCACAAAAAGGUACUUUUGUACACCGCAUGGAACUUGAAUUCUACUUUUGGACACUUUAGUACACAGAAAAGUACUUGUACACCUUCCUUCAUUUGUAAACCAUUUGUAUCUAACCUUCGAAAUCAGCUUUUUAUAGUCUUGGCAGUUAUGCUUCCAGCCCAAGGUCUUCACUCGGUGUGUUGGCUCAUAGUGAUUGAUGUGGACCACAUGACUAUGUAGCGUCUGAUCACUUGACAGAUGACACCUUUUACUAAGUGCACCAAAGCAAUAUCACAUGUACUUACAUGUUUGAAUACUGUAUUUACAUGUUUAAAUACUGUACUUACAUGUUUGAAUACUGUAUUUUCAUGUUAAAUACUGUAAUUACAUGUUUAAAUACUGUACGUACAUGUUUAAAUACUGUACUUAAUGUUUAGAUACUGUACGUACAUGUUUAAAUACUGUAUUUACAUGUUAAAUACUGUAAUUACAUGUUUAAAUACUGUACGUACAUGUUUAAAUACUGUACUUACAUGUUUAGAUACUGUACGUACAUGUUUAAAUACUGUACUUACAUGUUUGAAUACUGUAUUUACAUGUUAAAUACUGUAAUUACAUGUUUAAAUACUGUACGUACAUGUUUAAAUACUGUACUUACAUGUUUAGAUACUGUACGUACAUGUUUAAAUACUGUACUUACAUGUUUGAAUACUGUAUUUACAUGUUAAAAACUGUAAUUACAUGUUUAAAUACUGUACGUACAUGUUUAAAUACUGUACUUACAUGUUUAGAUACUGUACUUACAUGUUUAAAUACUGUAUUUACAUAUUGAAUUACUGUACUUACACGUGUAAAUACUGUAUUUACAUGUGUGAAUACUGUACUUACAUGUUUAAAUACUGUAUUUACAUGUUUAAUUACUGUACUUACAUGUGUGAAUACUGUGCUUACAUGUUUAAAUACUGUAUUUACAUGUUUAAAUACUGUACUUACAUGUUUAAAUAUUGUGCUUACAUGUGUAAAUACUUUACUUACAUGUUUAAAUACUGUAUUUACAUGUGUGAAUACUGUACUUACAUAUUUAAAAUACUGUAUUUACAUGUUUAAUUACUGUACUUACAUGUUUAAAUACUGUACUUACAUGUGUAAAUACUGUAUUUACAUUUUUAAAUACUGUGCUUACAUGUUUAAAUACUGUACUUACAUGUUUAAAUACUGUACUUACAUGUUUAGAUACUGUACUUACAUGUUUAAAUACUGUACUUACAUGUUUAAAUAAUGUACUUACAUGUGUAAAUACUGUACUUACAUGUGUGAAUACUGUACAUGUGUGAAUACUGUACUCACAUGUUUAAAUACUGUACUUACAUGUUUAGAUACUGUACCUACAUGUUUAAAAACUGUACUUACAUGUUUGAAUACUGUAUUUACAUGUUGAAAUACUGUACUUACAUGUUUGAAUACUAUAUUUACAUGUUUAAAUACUGUACUUACAUGUUUGAAAACUAUACUUACAUGUUUAAAUACUGUACUUACAUGUUCGAAUACUGAAUUUACAUGUUAAAAUACUGUACUUGCAUGUUUGAAUACUGUAUUUACAUGUUUAAUUACUGUACUUACACGUGUAAAUACUGCAAUUACAUGUGUGAAUACUGUACUUACAUGUUUAAAUACUGUACUUACAUGUUUAAAUACUGUACUUACAUGUUUACAUACUGUACUUACAUGUGUAACUAAUGUACUUACAUGUUUAACUACUGUACUUACAUGUUUAAAUACUGUACUUGUUUAAAUACUGUACUUACAUGUGUGAAUAAUGUACUUACAUGUGUAAAUACUGUAUUUACAUGUUUAAAUACUGUACUUACAUGUUUAGAUACUGUACUUACAUGUUUAAAAACUGUACUUACAUGUUUGAAUACUGUAUUUACAUGUUGAAAUACUGUACUUACAUGUUUGAAUACUAUAUUUACAUGUUUAAAUACUGUACUUACAUGUUUGAAAACUAUACUUACAUGUUUAAAUACUGUACUUACAUGUUCGAAUACUGAAUUUACAUGUUAAAAUACUGUACUUGCAUGUUUGAAUACUGUAUUUACAUGUUUAAUUACUGUACUUACACGUGUAAAUACUGUAAUUACAUGUGUGAAUACUGUACUUACAUGUUUAAAUACUGUACUUACAUGUUUAAAUACUGUACUUACAUGUUUACAUACUGUACUUACAUGUGUAACUAAUGUACUUACAUGUUUAACUACUGUACUUACAUGUUUAAAUACUGUACUUGUUUAAAUACUGUACUUACAUGUGUGAAUAAUGUACUUACAUGUGUAAAUACUGUAUUUACAUGUUUAAAUAAUGUACUUACAUGUUUAAAUACUGUACUUACAUGUGUGAAUACUGUACUUACAUGUUUAAAUACUGUACUUACAUGUUUAAAUACUGUACUUACAUGUUUAAAUACUAUAUCCAUACACAUGUUCCACAUAUAGAUAUACUUCAUAUAGAUAUUCCACAUUUAGACAGGGAACACUUUCCUACGGUGCCUCUGAUAAGAAGAGAAAAUGCAAAAAUGUGAUUUUAACAUCAAGUAGCAAUAUGUUUUUGAAUGAAAUAUGCAUUGCUUCAAUAAAAUAACUUUUCACCGAU